CGUAUGGCCCAAUUGCGGCCUGGCGUCAGUAUAAAUCUCCCACUUCGAGGGCACACAGCUGCGUCGGCUGGAGCAUUAGAAAGCAGCCAAACGAAAGGUCUCAGCACCACCUCAUAUCCCAGCGACAGCUACACUAGCACACAAAACCCAGCCACAAGCCAUGGUUAAGCUCGCAGAUGUCAAGGGGUCCAACGCCCGCAUCGCGACGGAGCUGCCGCCGGGCCUGGUGGCCGUUUUCGUCGGCGGCACCAGCGGUUUGGGCGAGUACAGCUUGCUCGCUUUUGCAAAGCACGCCCGCCAACCCAAAAUCUACAUUAUCGGCCGGUCUCAACCCGCAGCCGACCGCAUAAUUGCCGAGUGCGGAAAGCUGAACCCGGAGGGCGAAUAUUUCUUCAUGCAGACAGACGCGACCCUACUCAAGAACGUCGACGAAGUGUGCCGCCAACUCAGGGAAAAGGAGAAGACCAUCAACGUGCUGUUUCUCAGCAUCGGCAACUUCAUGUUUGGGGUCGACACGCCAGAGGGGCUCCCCGUCAUCACGGCCCUGCAAUACUACGCCCGCGUGCGCUUCGCCGCAAACCUGCUCCCGCAGAUCCGCGCCGCGCCGCACCUCCGCCGCGUGGUGACCGUCCUGGCGGGCACCAAGGAGGGAGCCGUGGACACGAACGACCUGCCCGCCCGCAAUGUGUCGCUGGCCCGGGCCCGCGGCCACGGCACCUCGAUGCAGACGCUGGCGCUCGAGCGGCUCGCCCGGUCCGCGCCCGACGUGUCCUUCGUGCACAGCUUCCCGGGCUUCGUCCGCACCAACAUCGGGCGGGGGUUCGGCAGCGGCAUGCGGCUGCUGUGGGCCGCCGCCAUGACGCUCCUGGGGCCCUUCGCCGUGCCCAGGGACGAGAGCGGCGAGCGCCACGCGUUCCUGUGCACGAGCGCCGCGUUCCCCGCGCGCGCCGGCGGCCAGGGCGACGGGACGGACGGGGUCGCCCUCGCGCCGGGGCGGGCGGUCGCGGGCGGCACGGACGGGGAGGUCGGCAGCGGCGUCUACACGGUCGACGAGCACUGCGAGAGCGGGUCGGCGGCGGUGCGGCGGACACUGGCGAACUUGAGGGAGGACGGAACUGCGGAGGCGGCGUGGGCGCACACCGUGGGUGAGUUUGAGCGCAUUACUGGGACGGCCCAGUUGGUUUGAGCCACCGCUGCCUUGCGGUGAUGCUUUAGGGCUGGGGUUGUUCCGUUACAACCCCAUUCCCCUAGCCCCAGACAUUCACACGCAGUGUAAUACCUCUACCAGACUGCCUAAGCAGCAGUUUCAUGUUUAAAUUCCCGUUUUACAAUCUCCCCAAGGGUGCAGCCUAGAGAGGGCGUCGGCCUGCGCUUCGAGGAGAACUCUCAUCGCAAACGACGACAACCAAACGAAAACGGCAACCCCGACAGCCAUGCUGUGACAGUUUCCGAGUAGCCCCCGUCGUGGCUAGAGUAGUUUACUGCACAGAUUGCCUUUUUGCAAUAUAAUUUCAAAUUUCUAUUUUUUUCGUUUGUUGUUAAACCAUUCCUUCUUCUUAGCGUUUCUUACUUUUUUAUUCCUCUAUUUAGUAAUUUUACCUUACCAAUGCUAUCUUGCAACUUCGCUUGGCGAAUCAUUGCUUUAAAUUUUAAAUAGCAAACUGUUAAAAAGAAUGUGGUAAACAUAAG